AUGAGUCAAUUAAUCACCUUGGAUUCAAUUCCUGAAUCUUUGAAGUCAGAUAAAAACAUUACCCCCUAUAUCGCUCGAUCAUUAGAAUUAGUAUCAGUUAAUCCAGUUGUAAGUUAUUAUUGUAAGAUUUAUGUAUUAGAAUAUAUCUUAUCAAAUAAAUUACAUACUACAUCGAAAGAAGUUGAAUUUUUCACUAUCCAAUUAUUAGAUGAUACUGAAUCAAUCAAACAAAAUAAUGAAGAUGAAUCGAUUCAAACUGCUUUAAAUGAUAAAUCAACUUCCAUAACUUUAGUAUUAUCAUUUUCUUAUAAAUUGUUUAAUUCAUGUCUUGAAGAUAUAUCUCAAAUCACAAGAGCAACCAGUAAACCUGCAUUAAUUGGAAAAUUCAGAGCUACAUUGGUGUUUUUAUCUUUAUUAUCGAUCUUUACUAACGAUAAAACUGCUAAUACUUCGAUUGAUUGGGAAAAGAUAUCAGGUGGUAAAGCAGUUGAAGCUAAACAAUUUGAUGAUUUAAAUAAAGAAAAAAUUAAGAUUUUAAAGUAUCAAUUAUCAAAGUUAAUCAAAGGUGAAGUUACUUAUAAGGAUGAACCUGAUGAUAAAGAAUUAGAAGCUGAAUUGGAUAAAGAAUUGGAAGAGUUAACUGGUGGAGUACCAAUUGAUGACAUUGAUGACGAUGGUGAUAAGGACGAUGAUAAUGAUAAUGGCGGUGCUAAAGAACUAGAAUUACCUGGGGCUCCCACAUUACUUCCUGACCUUGAUAAUAAUGAUAGUGGGUUAUCUUUACCAGGAGCUCCUAAAUUCAUUCCUGAUAGUACUGAAUCAAAUGCAUUUGAUGAACCACCAACUUUCAUUGAUGAUGUGAAUGGUAAUUCUAAUGACCAUGAUGAAGAUAAUGUUAAAUUGCCUGGUGCACCUCAUUAUCCUCCUGAAGAUAGUGAUACUAAUGAAGAAUUUAAAUUACCUGGGGCUCCAAAAUAUUUACCUGAUUCAGAUAUUACUCAUAUUAAUAAAAGUUCAUCAAUUCAAGUAUUUCCUCCUGAUCCAGAUAGAAGAAGUUCAAUUGGAUCAUCAAGAAAACCAUCAGUAACUAAUACGCCUCAUAAAGAUAUUUCAUCUCCGCCAACCGUUACUUCACCUCCAAAAUCAGUAGCACCACCUCAUACUCAUGCUUCCCAUCAUAUUGUCACUAGAGCUAAUGUUCAUGCUAUAUUAGAUAAGACUGAACUGAUAACGAAGAUUCAAAAACAUGCUAAAUUCGCUAUAUCUGCAUUGAAUUAUGAAGAUAUCGUAACUGCUGAAAAGGAAUUGAAUGAAGGGUUAGAAUUACUUAAAAAGCUUAAAUUACAACAAGAUCAAGAAUAG